AGACGUUGGACGUGGUUCGUUGUUCGGUGAACUCGCAGGCGGCGCCAACGAGUCCUUUGAUGGUUCGCCGCGCGGUCGCUUUUUCAGGUAGCCACAGACGCAUUAGUCACUCUUCUCGUUCUCUUCGCUUGUCUCUCUUCAAAGGAGAGAGGAUGACCAGCCGCGCGCAGAAAUGCUCCUUAGAAUUCCCAAGGAAUUCUAGAAAUGCUACCAGAGAAGCUGGGUGGAGGAUUUGGAAUAUCUCGCACGUUAGCGUCACGCGAUUAAUUUCGUUAGAAUUCUCAAGAAAUUCUACAAAUGCUGUUAGAAAAGCUGAAGGAUUUUCUCAAAAGAGACCA